AACCGUCUCUCGGAACGGUUGUUUUCCGCGUAGCUUCGCGUUAAGUGACAGUCAACGAUGAAAUUAUAACUUUUAAAAACUUGUGAAUCCAUAGUGAAUAUCUAUUGUAUAAUCGAUAGGAAACUGUGAAGUGCCUUUUGAAUAAUAUUAUUGUUAACUGUAAGAAUAAGAAAGUUAAUCGUGAGUUGUCCGACUCGAAAUGCAUGCAUUCCACGGAGACUGUUGAACUUUUAUUUUUUUUUUUUCGUACUGUGUAGCUUUUUGAUUCAUAUCAAGUAUUGUUUAAUAUAUUUAUCUUGUCUAAUAACUUAUUUAUAAACAAUAGCAUACUCAGCAGUAGUGAAGUGUUUAGAAAAACAUUCAAUAAGAUGUGUUGUCCUGUAGUUAGCAAAUUAACUAGCAACGAGGAUUGCCGAAACAUUCAAGGCUAGCCAGACGAUUAGACAUUCCAGUUGUUCACUGACAACGGGAAGAACCUUGGAAGUACGUUGCUGACUUCGAUCACACAUAAACGUGCUGUCACUUACGCAAGCUCGCUAACCACGCAAAGACAUCAAAAAGCGAGGUUGGAGGAAAUCGAGGGGUGCACUUGGGUGAUGUGCCGGGAACAUCACACGAAAGUGCAGUUGGACGUCACCUGAUGAAAUCGGUGGAUUUGGUGCCGCCCAGAAACUGAAUGAGGCGAUACGAUGAAGUUCUCGUCAGGCUCGAGUUCGAGCAGCCUCGCCAGCGACUCGUUGUCGAGGAAAUCGACAUUGUGUAUCUACACGGAGGUGGAUGCCACUGCGCCACAGCCGCAUAUCGAAAGGAUGGAUAGCAGCUCAGAAGCAAUGGAGUUGAGGCGGGAGCUCGACGCUGUUAGGAGUGCGCUCCAACAGCAGUCGGAGUCCGUCCUCAAGCAAAGGCAUCAGCUAGUAGAAGCUGGACAGGCUCUCGCCGCUCGUGACAAGCAAGCAGUACAAGAACGACGGUUGAGGCAAGAUCAACUAGCGCUAGUCCUCCGUUCGCUUGUUUUACUAGAAUCAAGAUUGACCCGAGAACAGAGACAAAUUCAUGUUGCGCUCCAACAGAAAGAGAAAAUAAUCAAGUCGCAGCAAGAAGAGAUUAUCAAGCUCAAAGCUCGCAAAUCUUACUGCAGUAACUGUCAACAGCUCCUCGGUUUCACAAGCGAACAAACCAAUAUUGAGACUGAUCCAGAAUUCCAGAGCCUUGAGAGCACCGAUUCGAGAUUUCAAAAUACAUUUAUAAGAAGCUGUAGUUAUCGUGAAAGAAAUUCUCCACCGGUUUUCCAAAAAAAUACUAGGCUAAGUAAAAGCUUUCAAUUGCCGAAGAAUGAUAUCGUAUACGGUAAUACUAGUUCCAGUGAAGAAGGGAACAAUGGGACUGUCGCAAGCAAAGGUACGUUUAUCAAAAACAAACAAGCUUUUGUCAGACGUGACGUAUUCAGACGAUCGAGAAAAUAUUCCGGAAGAAAAAAUAAUAUACAAAAAAGUUACAAUCAAGCUAAUAAUAGUAGUAGUGCCGAAGAAUGCGUUGGUAUGAGUUAUCAUGUUAAUCACGAAGAUAAUGAUAUGACUGCUAAUCAAAUUGCUAAAUACAUAAGAAGAGCAUCACAAAAGAUUGAUCAAAUAAUAGGAGAGGCAAAUAAAAAAGAACAAGAAAAUACAGCAAGCGAUUCAGAUAAAACAUAUUCAACCAAAAAGGAGCAAUUGCACGGGAUUAAGAGACAAGCUUCUGAUGAAAUAAAAGCAAAUCGACAACUUUUCCUUAAUAAUGUUCUGAAUGAAGAAGCAAAUGAAAAACCUUGGUACUGCAAUGUAAGUGAUCCUGAGCAAGAUACAGAUUGUCUACAACACCAAAGAGGUCUAUCGAAUAAUCCUAAAUCAAAAUCCACCGACGAUCUCUUAGGUACAGAUUUUAAAAGAAACAUGUCUAAUAUACAUCCCUUAUCUACUAAAAACGAAGUAUUGUGUAAUAAUAUGCUGAAAAAUAAUUCAUCUGAGAAAUAUAGUUCUAACUUUGAUGAUAAAAAUAAUAAUACUAUGGAGUCCAGUAUAUGUAAACAAAGUAACGAGAUAAACGAAAAUUGGUAUGCGAGCACUAGUGACGCUGAUGAUAGCCCUACCAAUGAAAUAUAUAAAAAUAAUCCAGUACUAGAAUGUGUUAAUCAAAUACUCCUACAAAACUCAUUAGAUGAUAGUAGCAAUGACAAUUCUAAGUCUAGUGAAAUUGCGAGCCCGAAAUCAUCGACUAAACGUGUACAGUUUUCUACAUUGAACAGCAUAACAUACGACGAUAAACUGCGAACUAAUGGUAACAGUCAUACGUUACCUCGUUCUGACAAAAGGGCAAAUAAAAUCGUUAAGUUCAGCUUAGAAACUGCCUCUGAGCACAGUUAUGAAGUACCGAACACAGCUCAAGGAUUUCAAUAUGAAAUACAAAGUAUUUAUAGCAAUGAAUAUGAGCCCAUUAUUACUAAAUCCACUGAAUCCAAGCCUGUGCCAUCAAUAAGACCUGUAUUAUCUAAUGAUAAGCCCAACGUUCCUAAAAUAAGAGGCUCGAUUGUAAAAAAUAUUGCGGCAAAUAUAGAAAGUCGGAGUAACAAUAUAGAAAAUAAUGACAAUGAUCUGGGGUCUAUGAAAAUCUUCAAUAAAAGAAAAGUGCCACGUACUCCUCCUGCACUGCCGCCUAAACCAAAGAACUUAUCAGCUAAAUGGAAAGCUGAAAAUACUGUCAGACCAUCGACAGAACCGUUAGACUCUGAAGCCGUUGCGGCUAAUCAACGGGUUGCAGAUGUUAAGAUGAGAAAAGUAGGACAAGUAGCGACUGUUAAUAGUAUAGAACCGGACUACUGCUCCAUUUCCGAGAUAAAUGUUCCAGUAGUCAGUAAUGGUAAAAGGGAGUUGCUACUUACACAGCCAACGGUUGAAAUACACAAUGAACAAUACCCGAUACACACAAUCAAUCAAAGAAACAGUGUGGCUAAAGUCGUGUCCUUGCCACGUAUACAAAAUAAAAUCAGCGACAAAGAUAUUCCAAAACUUCCGCAAGUUACUGAAAUUAUCAUUCCAGAUGACGAAGAUAAGCCAAAUGAAGAACAAAAUCAUCAAUUUCAACAUACUACCGACAGUUACUUGACUAACUUUAGUAUACAUCCUCUGCAACCAAAAUUGGACCCUCGUGCUUCAAUACAAAUGGGAAACACAGUGUCUUCUAUACUAUCUGAAAUUAACAAGGGAGGCAAAAGUGGCAAUAAGCAAAUUAAUCUAACAGAACUGGAUCAUCAAUUCAAUCAUGUACCCGAAAAAUCACAGACUAGUAAUGCAGAAUUACAUAAAGCAGAAUAUUUCGACGAGAUAGAUAAGUUUGAUUUGUCGCAGAACUUUGAAGAAUUUAAAAUAGAUGAUGAACUCGGCAGCAUUGUCGCGGAAGAAUAUCGUAUUAGCUCCGGAAGCAGCGAUGGUUCCAUGUCAGACGUGGUAACCGAACAUAUACUUACCGUUGUACCUGAUAAAGACAGUCAGCAUAAUGCUACAAGCACUCAUGCUGAAAAUAAAAAAAGCGAUACCUUUCUUGAAAACAAUGAAAGUGGAUUGAACAAAGGUUUGACGAAAAAUGGUAAGCUAUCCAAUAAACCUGAUCUCCUAUCUAACAUAGAGAAUUUAGAGACUGAAUCGGUAAGGAAUUCUGAUAUAGAGUCGAGUAAUUCCUCUGGAAGUAACAGUGGUUCAUACAACACAGUCAAAUGUGAACCUAGAAUGAUUCUGAAUAACAAUAACCCAGAAUUGAACGCAAAUAAAGGAAAAGGACCGUUUGAUUUCUUCCUUGAGUCUUCUGGUCUUAGUUCUAAGUCAAUUUUCACGCCUACUAAGAAUCAAGGCAUUAGGCCGCCUCGACCUCCGAGUGCCAAUCACAAAAACGUGUUGAAACCUAAAGACAUUAAGAUGCGAGUUAAAAAUCCCGUAGCAACGAACAAAAUCAACGAAAAGCCUAUGUUGACAGCUAUUAAGUAUUUUGAACCUUAUGUUUAAGUCCAGUAAUAUAAUAAUUAUUAUAUUGUUUAUUUUUUAAUUUAUUUAUUGUAAAAAUGAACUUGCCUGCAUAAUAUUAAUGUGAAAUGUGUAAUUUAUAUUCUUUGUAAAUAUUAUAGAUAUCUAUAUCUAGUUAUUUUUUAAUUAAAAAAUAUUUUAACUAUU